CUCCCUGCCCUCCCUCCCCGCCCUCCGCUCCCCUCCCGCCGCCCGCCGCCGCCCUCCUGCCCACUCUGCGCCCGCCGCUCGGCCGGCAGGACCGGAGCCCCUCGGCCAGGACUGAGGCUCAAGGUGACUGCCACGAUGCUGCGGGGCCCCUUCUCAGCGCUGCUGCUUGGGGGGCUGCUGGGGGCCCUCCAUGCCCAGCAGCAAGAGCUCAUCUCACCUGACACCAUGACCUCCGAGAGGACCAACAGCUGCCCAGAGAAGACCGACUGCCCUGUCAACGUGUACUUCGUGCUGGACACCUCGGAGAGCGUGGCCAUGCAGUCGCCCACCGACAGCCUGCUCUACCACAUGCAGCAGUUCGUCCCACAGCUCAUCAGCCAGCUGCAGAACGAGCUCUACCUGGACCAGGUGGCACUCAGCUGGCGCUACGGCGGGCUGCACUUCUCUGACGAGGUGCAAGUGUUCAGCCCACCGGGCAGUGACCGAGCCUCCUUCACCAAGAGCCUGCAGGGCAUCAGCUCCAUUCGCCGGGGAACCUUCACCGACUGCGCGUUGGCCAACAUGACUCAGGAGAUCCGCCGGUCGGGGGCACGUGGCGUCAACUUCGCUGUGGUCAUCACUGAUGGCCACGUCACGGGCAGCCCAUGCGGCGGCAUCAAGCUGCAGGCCGAGCGGGCCCGAGACGAGGGCAUCCGGCUCUUCGCGGUGGCGCCAAACCAGAACCUGAACGAGCAGGGCCUGCGGGACAUCGCCAGCGCCCCGCACGAGCUCUACCGCAGCAACUACACCACCAUGCGGCCGGAGUCCACUGAGAUCGACCAGGACACCAUCAACCGCAUCAUCAAGGUCAUGAAACACGAAGCCUAUGGAGAGUGCUACAAGGUGAGCUGCCUGGAGAUCCCGGGACCACCUGGGCCCAAGGGCUACCGUGGACAGAAGGGUGCUAAGGGCAACAUGGGCGAGCCAGGAGAGCCCGGACAGAAGGGGCGACAGGGAGACCCCGGCAUCGAAGGCCCCAUCGGAUUCCCAGGACCCAAGGGUGUGCCUGGCUUCAAAGGAGAGAAGGGAGAAUUUGGAGCCGACGGAAGGAAGGGAGCCCCCGGACUGGCAGGCAAGAAUGGGACCGAUGGACAGAAGGGCAAGCUGGGCCGCAUCGGACCCCCAGGCUGCAAGGGAGAUCCCGGAGACCGGGGCCCUGACGGGUACCCAGGGGACGCCGGGAGCCCAGGCGAGCAAGGAGACCAAGGUGCCAAGGGGGACGCUGGACGCCCAGGACGCAGGGGCCCCCCAGGAGACUCUGGGGAAAAAGGAAGCAAGGGUUACCAAGGCAACAAUGGAGCCCCUGGAAGUCCAGGUGUGAAAGGAGCCAAGGGCGGGCCUGGGCCCCGCGGACCCAAAGGCGAGCCUGGGCGCAGAGGAGACCCUGGAACCAAGGGCAGCCCGGGCAGCGACGGCCCCAAGGGGGAGAAGGGGGACCCUGGCUCUGAGGGGCCCCGAGGCCUGGCUGGAGAGGUUGGCAGCAAAGGAGCCAAGGGAGACCGGGGGCUGCCUGGACCCAGAGGCCCCCAGGGGAUACUUGGGGAACCUGGGACGCAGGGAUCUCGGGGAGACCCUGGUGACGCGGGGCCCCGUGGAGACUCAGGACAGCCAGGCCCCAAGGGAGACCCCGGCAGGCCUGGCUUCAGCUACCCCGGACCCCGAGGGACACCCGGAGAGAAAGGAGAGCCUGGCCCACCCGGCCCUGAGGGCAGCCGAGGAGACUUCGGCAUGAAAGGAGCACCUGGGAGGAAAGGCGACAAGGGGGAGCCUGCCGACCCUGGUCCUGCGGGAGAACCGGGCCCUCGGGGGCCAAGAGGAGACCCAGGGCCCGAGGGUGAGCCUGGCCCCCCCGGAGACCCCGGCCUCACGGAAUGCGACGUCAUGACCUACGUGCGGGAGACCUGCGGGUGCUGUGACUGCGAGAAGCGCUGUGGUGCCCUGGAUGUGGUCUUCGUCAUCGACAGCUCCGAGAGCAUCGGCUACACCAACUUCACCCUGGAGAAGAACUUCGUCAUCAACGUGGUCAACAGGCUGGGGGCCAUUGCCAAGGACCCCAAGUCGGAGACGGGGACGCGCGUGGGUGUGGUGCAGUACAGCCACGAGGGCACCUUCGAGGCCAUCCAGCUGGACGACGAGCGCAUCGACUCCCUGUCCAGCUUCAAGGAGGCCGUCAAGAACCUGGAGUGGAUCGCGGGCGGCACCUGGACACCUUCUGCCCUCAAAUUCGCCUACAACCAGCUCAUCAAAGAGAGCCGGCGCCAGAAGACGAAAGUGUUUGCUGUGGUUAUCACGGAUGGGCGCCACGACCCCCGUGACGACGACCUCAACCUGCGGGCACUGUGUGACCGCGACGUCACAGUGACGGCCAUUGGCAUCGGUGACAUGUUCCACGAGAGGCACGAGAGUGAGAACCUCUACUCCAUCGCCUGUGACAAGCCACAGCAGGUGCGCAACAUGACGCUCUUCUCCGACCUGGUGGCCGAGAAGUUCAUCGACGACAUGGAAGACGUGCUGUGCCCAGACCCUCAGAUCGUGUGCCCAGAGCUUCCCUGCCAAACAGAUGGAUGGCGGCCUGGCGGCGAGCCCCCGGUCACCUUCCUCCGCACGGAAGAGGGACCAGACCCCACCUUCCCCAGGACCAUCCCCCUGAUCCAGCAGUUGCUAAAUGCCACGGAGUUCACGCAGGACCCAGCCGCAUACUCCCAGCUGGUGGCCGUGAUGGUCUACACUGCCGAGCGGGCCAAGUUCGCCACGGGGGUCGAGCGAGAGGACUGGAUGCAGCUAUUCAUCGACACCUUUAAGCUGGUGCACAGGGACAUCACGGGGGACCCGGAGACCGCGCUGACGCUGUGCUGAGGCUGUGGGCUGCUGUGCAGAGCUUGUAGCUUGUAGCUUUCCAGGGCUACCGCAUAACUGGGCUCUAAGAUGCAGGAAUUUGCCUUCCCACAGUCUGGACGCCCCUAGUCCCCAUCUAAAGCCUUGAGGGCCAUGCAUCCCAGAGCUCCAGGGGAGGCUCCUCCCACCUCAGCCUUCCUGCCUCCCUGCGCCUCUCCAUGGCCUCCUCUGUCUCUCUGGGACCCUCAUCCAUAUAAGGACACCAGUCACUGGAUUUGAAGCCCACCAACUCCAGGAUGUCACCUCCCCAGAUCCUUCGCUUAGGGCUAAGGUGGCGAAGUGCUUGCCUAGCACCACACAAGCAAAGUCUCAACUUAGCUCCCCACGCAGCCCUCAUCACCAAAAGGGACCUGCACAGCUCCUUCAGUUGGAUGUGGGCAUCCGUAGGGGUCACCAUGUCAUCUGGCCACAUGGCCCCUCUCCUGCCGAGCUGGACAUGGGGGACCGCAGUGGAGGGCAUGAAAUCCCCCUGGCCCGGUUCUUGUUGAGCCCAGAGGCUGAAAGAGCCGGGUCCUGGGGCUGGGGAUCGAUACUGGGGGUGGUGACGUGUGUGCUCAAGGCACAGGGUUCUGUGUGAAGGUGCCUAGGGCUGGGUGACAGGGAGUCCUUAUGACCUCCUGGCACCAUAACCCCAUUUGAACUGGUGUCACCUCUAUUAGUCAAACACCCAGAGCUGCCCCCAUCUGGGCAUCUGCACCCCCAGCCUGGCUCCUGAAUCAGUGGGGCGUCGUCAGGGAACACUCACCUGGCAGGACCUUCACUGCCCUUGGCUGCAUGAGAUAAGCAUGGGGCGGGUUUCUCUCCUAGUGUGGGGACAGGUGGGGUGACCACAGCAAGGUCACCACCCCUGAGGCGAGCUCAGACGUGGGACACCUGAGCCAGAGGAGCACCCCCUACCUGGCUGGGCUUCUGUCCUUCCACCACUCAUGUGGGGCCACAGGCAGGAGAAGGGAGCCCACAGAAGCGGGAGGCAGAGCCUGAGAACCCCAGUUCCCUGUCUGUCAUGCGUCUCCGUCACUUCCCUGAAGGUGCUGCCCCACUGUAUGUCCAUCUCCGUGCCUGUGAGAACCACUGUGGAUUGGGUCUUAGUUCAAGGGGCUCAGGGAGUGCUGCGGUCCCUGAGAACUUACUAGAUGUGCUAAGCAAGUUCCAGCAGCAGUUUACACUAACUCAAGCUACGUCGUGAAUAAGCUCGCGGAAGUGCCCGUCUGCAGCAGAUGCUCUCCCGCUGGGGCGGGGCUGUCCUCAGGCACAGUGAACAAAUGCUGAAUGUUGUAUAAAAGCUGAAACGUACAAA